AUGACCUCAAGCAACCCCUCAUACCUCAUCAUUGGUGCCGGUGUCUUUGGCGUUUCAACCGCCUACCACCUUAUCCAGAAAUACCCCAAUGCCUCUAUAACUCUCGUUGAUCGAGAUGCAUACGACGCCGAGUCUCGGGUAGCUGCAUCCUGGGACUGGAACAAAGUCGUUCGCGCCGACUACGACGACAAGAUCUACUGCAGACUUGCUCUGGAGGCGCAAGACAUUUUCAUGUCUGACCCGCUCUGGCAGCCUUACUUCCACCAGACUGGCGUCUACUGGACAUGUCGCAGUGACUACGCGCAGAACGUUAUCAAUCACCACAAAGAGCUAGGCCGUAAUGACGAUAUUACUGCCCUGCCCGUUGCCGAGGCGCGGAAGCUUUAUGGUGGUCUUUUUGACAAUGCUGAUUAUACUGGCGUCAAGGAGGUUCUGAUUAAUAAAGCUAGUGGUUGGGCUGCAGCUGGAGAUGCUCUUCGCGCUGUGACUAAGAAGUGCCUGGAAUUGGGCGUCAAGUAUGUGACCGCCGAGGUUGCCACACUUGAAUUCAAUGGUCGGGGCUCUUGCACAGGUGCAAAGACGAAAUCCGGUCAGGUCCUUUCUGCCACGUAUGUCAUUGUCGCUGCCGGUGCUUUCACGCCUACGUUGCUGGAGUGGAGUGCUGCGAGCAGUGGCAAUGCGGGUCUUCGGGCUGGAGAGCGCAUUUUGGCUGCGGGUAUCACGACGGGAAUGGCGCAGCUUAAGAAAGAGCAGUAUGCCAAGUUUAAGGAUAUGCCUGUUGGGUUCCAGGGCUAUACGCCCGAGGAGGGCAAGCCUUUCAUUGGUAGUAUCCCGCCUACUAAGGAUGGAGAGCUCAAGUGGUGGGGAUCUAAGAUUUUCACAAACACUCGUGAGGUUCUGCCUGGUCGUUAUAUCUCCUCACCUCCACCGACGCACGACUACAAUCAGUGGAAGGUUCCUGGUCCCCUCAAGCAGGAUAUCAUCGAGUCCCGCAAUCUGUGGUAUGGACCUGCGAGCGCGGACUGGGAGAUGACGAAACACCGAAUUUGCUGGGACGCUUUCACCACCUCCUCCGACUUUAUCAUCUCUCCCCACUCCGCCUCCAAGGGCCUAUACGUCGCAACCUGUGGCUCAUUCCACGGCUUCAAGUUCUUCCCCGUCCUGGGCAAGUAUAUUACCCAGAUGCUUGAGGGUGAAUUGGAGUCUGAGUUGGUGGAGAAGUGGGCUUGGGAUCGCCAGCGCCCUGAUUCUUCUCAGAAUGUGGAGUAUCCUAACUCUGAGAUGAAGCAUCUUUUGGGACCUACGGCCAAGCUGUAG